CAAUCAAGAUGGCGGUGGGGCCGGGAGGAGAGUGAGGCGAGACGGCUGCGCUUCCUCUCUCGGGGAUGGAGGAGCCCCGCGCGGGGAUGGGUCGAGUAGUCACCCCCUUUUGCUUUCCCUGAAGAGCUGGGCGACGAGGUGGGACGCGAGGACGGGCCAUGGCGGGCAUUAUCAAAAAGCAGAUCCUGAAGCACCUUUCCAGGUUCACCAAAAAUCUGUCACCUGAUAAAAUCAACCUGAGCACAUUGAAAGGUGAGGGUCAGCUAACCAAUAUAGAGCUUGAUGAAGAAGUACUUCAGAAUAUGCUAGAUCUUCCCACCUGGCUUGCCAUCAACAAAGUAUUUUGUAAUAAAGCAUCUAUUAGGAUACCAUGGACAAAAUUGAAAACGCAUCCAAUCUGUUUGUCAUUGGAUAAAGUAAUAAUGGAAAUGAGUACAUGUGAAGAACCCCGUGCCCCAAAUGGACCAUCACCUAUAGCAACUGCAUCAGGACAAAGUGAAUAUGGUUUUGCUGAGAAAGUUGUAGAAGGCAUAUCUGUUUCUGUAAACUCCAUUAUAAUCCGAAUUGGAGCAAAAGCUUUCAAUGCUUCAUUUGAACUUUCUCAGUUGAGAAUAUAUAGUGUAAAUGCAAAGUGGGAACACGAUGAUCUAAGAUUUACUCGAUUACAAGAAUCUCAGCGUGGAGAGGUAUUGACCUUUAAAGAAAUCAACUGGCAGAUGAUCAGAAUAGAAGCAGAUGCAAUCCAAAGCUCUCAGCAUGAAAUCAUGAGUGCUCCAGUUCGUCUGAUUACUAACCAGUCCAAAAUUAGAGUCAUACUUAAAAGAAGGUUAAAAGAUUGCAAUGUGGUGGCAUCCAAACUAAUUUUAAUAUUGGAUGAUUUACUGUGGGUUUUGACUGAUUCCCAGUUGAAAGCUAUGGUACAGUAUGCUAAAUCUCUUAGUGAAGCAAUAGAGAAAUCAGCUGAACAGAGAAAAAGCCUUGCUUCUGAACCCAUGCAGAGUUCCACUCAGGCAUACAAUUCUCAGGAGGUGAAAACUCAAUCUUCAGCAGCUACUGAUCAAAAUGAUGCAAUUGUAAAACUAUUCAAUGAUUUUGAUGUUAAGGAAACAUCUUACCAUCUAGCAGUUUCUCAUUUGGAUCUGCACAUCUGUGAUGAUAUUUACACAAAGGAAAAAGAUGCAAACAGGCGUGUUUCAGGAGGUGCUAUGCAGCUGUCCUUUAGUCAAUUAACUGUAGACUACUAUCCUUUUCACAAAGCAGAUGAGAGCUGCAGCCAUUGGAUGCAUUACAGUGAUGCUACCAAAGCCAGAAGUGAAUGGGCAGAAGAACUGCUACAAGAAUUCAAAGGAAAUGUUGAAUUGCUUAAGCAGGCUGUGAAGGAUCACAAUUUAGGUUCUCCAGUUAAAUCCCCAUUUCAGGAGUCUCCACAGCAUAUGCAGAUAGGCAAGGAUCAAAUGUCAAAAGGAAUUUCUAAGACUUUUGUGUCAUCACAGCAGCCAAAGGAGAAAUUGAUGUCCAGCCCAGUGGUAGUUAGACUUGCAGAUGUCAAUUUUUAUCAGGUCUCUACAGCAGACCAGUGUCGCCGUUCUCCUAAAACUCUUAUUUCCUGCAAUAAAAAGUCUCUGUAUCUCCCACAAGAAAUGCCAGCCAUUCAUGUUGAAUUCACUGAAUACUACUAUCCAGAUGGCAAAGACUUUCCUAUUCCAAAUGCAAACUUGUAUAUUCAACUAAAUGCACUGCAGUUCACUUUGGACGAGAGAAGUAUUCUUUGGCUAAAUCAGUUUGUAUUGGAUAUGAAACAGAGUCUCAGUCAGUUCAUGGCCAUGUACAAGUUAAAUGACAAUUCAAAAUCAGAAGAACAUGUUGAUGUUCGAGUUGAUGGAUUAAUGAUUAAGUUCAUCAUUCCUUCUGAAAGGAAGCAAAAACAUAGAGAUGAUCCAUAUGCAAUUUCCAUUCAAAGUUCUGAAAUGAUUGCUACAAAUGCUAGACACUCAGCGAAGUGUAGACACUCUGAUUUGGAAGCAGCAUUCCAAAACUUCAAAGACACUACAUUUUUCAGUAGAACUUUCACAAACUUUCCCAAAUCUCCUGACUGUUUUAAUCUUUUACAUCCCAUUUUCCAACGACAUGCUCAUGAACAGGAUACAAAACUGCAUGAUAUCUAUAAAGGUAUUAUUACUCCCCAACUGAAUAAAUGUGCACUUAAAACUUCAGCUGCUUCAGAUGUUUGGGCAGUGCAUUUUUCCCAAUUUUGGAUAGACUAUGAAGGAAUGAAGAGUGGGAAAGGACGGCCAAUAAGCUUUGUGGAUUCAUUCCCACUUACACUCUGGAUCUGUAAACCCAUGAGAUGUGAACAGUCACACAAAGAGCCUUUUUGUAAUCAGGAAUCUCUCAACGUUCUCAAAAGUGAUUCUUGUGACCUCACUAAUAGGCUGCAGCAUAAAAAACGUCUGAAAGAGUAUUAUAGCACUGGGAUGGAAGCUUUCACCAAUGGUACUGAAAAUCUGUGCUCCCCUAAAAGUACUUUAGGACCUCAGUCUGCAUAUUUUGCAGAUAUUCAUGUUUUACUUCAUAUUCAAAAACAUGUAAGCAUGCAGAUAAAUCAUUACCAAUAUCUUUUCUUACUCUACCUGCAAGAAUCUCUUGUGUCACUCCUGGACAACUUGAGGAAGGAUGUAGAGACUGUGACAGGGAAUCCAGCAAAAGAGGCAAAUAUCUGUAUUGGGAUCUUAUUAAAAAGUGCUGACAUAGCUUUGUUGCUUCAUCCACUAGUGCAAGGAGGCAUCUGCAAACCUCCCAUUUUAGAACAAGGAGGUCCAAUGACAUCAGAUCUCUCACCCAUGGAAAACAGAGAAGCUUAUGAAUUGGAAAGCAAGCUAGUUUCUACUUCUACUGCACAGAUGAGCAAUUCAGAUAUUAAUGUAACUGACAGUGGGUCUCUGAAUGCUGAUCUUGACAAAGCCAUUCUGAUGAAUCCGAUUUUAAAAUCAAAUAGUAAAAGUUCAUUUAUGGAUGAUGCAUCAGAAAAACUUUUGAGGAAAAUGAAUGAAGAAAAUAACAGUGGACUUUUCAGUCAUAGUGAUUCAGAAGAAAACUUUGAGUCAUUAAAUGACAGUUCCUCUACUAGGGAAUUGGUUAAUAUGUCAAAUUGCAGAGAAGACUCUAUCAAAAUGCUGAUGGACAAGGAAGAAGAGAAAAGUGGUUUCUCAAAUAAGGAAAGUAAAGCAGAAUGCUCAGCUGUUAAAGUCAUAGAAAUUGAAACUGAUUCUGUGGGGCAGUCUGAGAAGUUUGAAAAUGGCAAAGAAAAAUUGAGCACAGCAAAAAUGCUUGCGCUUCAGUCUCCAUUAAGUGGAAAGCCUAAGGAAUCGUGCCAGUCCAAUCUCCCUGCAUUCUCUGUUUCUUAUAAGAACAUGAAGAAAAGUCCAUCACAAGCCUCUUUGGAUACCAUUUCUACUGACAGCAUCUUGUUCGAAGAACACUAUUUGGAAAGUGAUGGAAGUGAUAGCCAAAGCUUUUUGGAGAAAGCUAUCUUGUCCAAUAAACCUGUGGAAAAUAUGCCUGAUGAAGGCACAGUGAAUGAGAACUAUGGUGAAUCAUCUCCAGAUGUCCUCAGUGCAAUGUCAGAGUGUACUCAGGAUGCUAGUGAAGAAAUGAUGUCAGUGGUAGUUUUUAAAAUAUUUGGUAUUAAUGGUGAAAUUGACAUCAGAGGCGAAGACACAGAAGUGUGCCUUCAGAUAAAUCAAGUUUUACCAAAUCAGCUGGGCAAUAUCAGUGUUCGUCAUUAUCUUUGCAAUCGAACAGCAGGUUCAGAUCCUAAAUGUGCAGCUGGGCCAAUUAAACCAAAUCCUGAAAUAAGACUGAAAUGGGAAAGUGGACCCAGUGCUGUAAUACAUUCGUUGCAAUCUGAAAAAAAUGGGUUUCUACAAUGUCAUAUAGAAGAUUUUACUGCUGAUUUCUUAACUUCUUCACUUACGAACAUUCAGCGUUUCUUGGAAGAUGAAAUGCUUGCAGAAGUGAUGCCUAUGAAUGUAAAAAUUUCUAAUACAAAAAUCAACAUAAAAGAUGAUAGUCCUCGUGAUAGUUUGUCUGCUCCUGAAUCAGUCCCAGUAACUUUGCAUAUUGAUCUGCUUAUGAUAGAGAGGAAAGAUGAUGGCUCAUUUUACAUUACAGACAAUCGAACAGUUAGUAGUGAUGCACCAAAGACUAAGACACAUAGCAGUAUAGGGGAUCAGGUUGCUGAAGCUGGCACACACAAGAAAAAGAAUUUUCGGUCCCAGUCCACACAAACAUCUCCAGAAAUUAACAGAUCCCAAGGAUUUAUGACUUUACCCAUAGUGAUCAAAGAACAGCUUAUUGAAGAAAAUGAAUGUCUAAAACAGGAAUUAGCCAAAGCCAAGAUGGCCCUUGCUGAAGCUCACUUGGAAAAAGAUACCUUGCUUCACCAUAUUAAAAAAAUGAAUAAUGAAAAAUGUUAGCAGACUAUACAUUAAUGUGGAACAAGAAAGGACACAUUUUAUAUUAGUUUUUGUUGAUGGAACUAAUAUAAACUUUUCUAUAGAAAAUGCACUUGUAAGAAGGGAUAGAAAGAAUUAGAUUUUUUUUCCUUUUGUGAUAUGAGGAAGAACAAUUUCUAUUAUACAUCAUUAACUUGUUAAAUAAGUGGUGGCAUGAAUAAAAUCUCCCUUUGUCAUUGAUAGGAUAUCUUCAUCUUCAUUUGUGAAGAUAGAAAAUCUUGGUUACAACAAAAAUACUGUUCAAGGGACAUUAAAUUUGCACUACCCAUAAAAAUGGUCCAUUAUGAAAACUUGUGAUAGUCAUACAAAAAUAGUUAACACACCAGCAGAACCUGCUUAGAGAUGAGCACCCCCAAGUCUCAAAAUGUAUAACUACAGCAUGAGAAAGGAUAAGAACAAAAAUGGCCAUACUAUGGUGGGAAAAAUUGGAAAUUGCAUAGUCAGUUGGACAAUGAUUUGUCAUUAGCUUGCAAAACAGUAAGAUCAUUAGAUCAGGGCUCUUUUUGAGGAUCAUUAAUCAUUUCUUUGCUUUGACAAUGAAACUCAGCCAUUCUCAGCAACAUUUAAAUUUUUAACAGUUGAAUGUUCUUUUGUAAAAGUAACAUUGCUGUAUAUUAAUGUGCUUGAAAACAGUUAUAUAAUUAUUUGAACGUGUAAUACUUUAACAAAAUGUAAAGCUGCAUUUUAUAUCAUAGAUUACGGUAAAAAUUAAACUACAAACUUUCACUUUAAAAAUUGCUGUAAAUAAGUAAAGUACAUAAACCUGUACAAAAGUUUCUUAAAUUUUUAAUAUAAUAACUAAACCCCUUAUAGAAGAAUUACCAGGAUGAUAUUAGUAUAUAGGUUAUUCAGUGAUCUUUUUUUAUCAUUAUUUGAAGAUAUUUUGAGAGGCAUGUAUUUGCUAUGCUUGAACUGUAAAAUAAUUCAGGGAAUGAUUUUUUUAAAGUAAAAAAUAACUAAAAUCUGGUGACUGAGUUAAUUGAAUUGGAAAUUUAAAAAAUUAUUUGAAUUGAAAUGAUUUUAAUUAAAGUUUCCUGAUAUAACUCAUAUUUCCUGGAUUAAAAAUAAUUGAAGAUUCUGCAAAAAGAAGAUAAAUCAAGAUGUCUAAGUUGUGUAAAACAAUUAUAGACGUCUUUAUUUUAAAACAAUAUAGCCUUAAUUUUAUGAGCCAACUUUUCAGAAGGUCAGCUUAUUUCUCAUCUCCUAUUCCUUUCUAACCAAAUUACCAGUUCAUUAACCUUUAUUUCUGGCACACACUUCCUAAAUAUUAUCCCACCAUUCCUCUGUCUAUAUGCUUUUUUCUGACACCCUAAUUCAGUUUAUCAGAAACAAAAGUUAUAUAUGUCCAAGUUGAACCUCCAAAAUACCUGACUCAGUAAAUGCCUGUUAAAUUCAGUUGAUUAAAAUCUGAUACAAUGCAAGCAUGCCACUAGUAAAUUAUUUGCCAGGUUAUUUUUGACAGGUUGUUUAUGUAUAGUCCAUUUUAAAAGACAUACAUGUCAUUUAAUUAGGGAUUAAGCUCUCUGCAGGGACGCGGUGGCGCUGCGGGUUAAACCGCUGAGCUGCCGAUCGGAAGGUCGGCGGUUCGAAACCGCGUGGCGGGGUGAGCUCCCAUUGCUCGUCCCAGCUCCUGCUCACCUAGCAGUUCGAAAACAUGCAAAUGUGAGUAGAUCAAUAGGUACCGCUUCGGCGGGAAGGUAACGGCGUUCCAUGAGUCAUGCUGGCCACAUGACCCGGAAGUGUCCUAUGGACAAUGCCAGCUCUAAAGGCUUAGAAACGGAGAUGAGCACCGCCCCCUAGAGUCAGACACGACUGGACUUUACGUCAAGGGAAACCUAAGCUCUCUGCAGAUUUAUUUCUAAGUAGAUUUAUGUAGGAUUGCACUGUGAAUCAGAUAUAUACAGGUUGUCCUUGGUUAACGACAGCAAUUGGGACUGGAAUUUGUUGCUAAGCAGGGCGGUCAUAAAGUGCGAUGCCAUGUGACUGUGACAGCAGUUCUGGCACUUCCAGUUGCCGACAUUAAGCGAAUCCCGCAAUGUCACAUCAUCACCAUUUGUGACCUGCCAGUAACUUUGCUUGUAGGAAACCAGCAAAGAAGGUUGCAAUGGUGAUCAUGUGACCAUGGGAUGCUGUGAUGUAAUUGUGAGAUGUGCGCUGAGCACUGGGAUCACAAGCACAUCACUGUGGGGAUGCUGUGAUGGCUGGAACUUAGAGGACUGGCCAUAAGUACCACUCGUUCAGCACUGUCUUAAGAUCUGUAAGCACUGUAAGAUGGAAAUUGCUUGAUGCUCAUACUGUUGUCCUCUUACUUCAUGCUUGUCAUACUAUGAUUUCAUAGCAGUGGCUUGGUCAAAAGAUAAUAGAACAUCUCUUGUUUAAAUUCACUAAACAGGUCCAGUGCUACUCUUCUCUAUAUUUUGCUCUUCUCUAUAAGAAAAAGUUAAUUCUGACUUACCCAUUUUUAAAGCAAAGAAUUGCCAUGUUAAAUGAUAGAUUCAGUUUCUGAUUCAGUUUUUUAAAAAUCAGUUAUUGGUGCUGUACAAAAUAAUCCCUUCAAAUUCUAAAAUUAAACAUUGUAUUAACAGA